AUGCUCACCCGAUCCGCAGCCACUUCUUCCAACUCGUUGACGAGUUCUUCCUCUUCAUCAUCCGCAGCAACAUCAAUGAUGCAACAACCACGACGAAGGAGAAAUUCCCGAAGGAAGAAGAACGAAUUGAAUAAUCAUACCCUAUCGACGAUACAACAAACGGAGGACGAGGAAGAAACAAACUACGGAUCUGAUGUAUUUUUACAUUUUGAAGAUAUUAAUCAAGAAUCGGAAGUGCAACAAAACUCAAGGAGAGGAAACAAAAGAAAGAGAAAUCAUCAUAGGCAUCAAAAUAACAGAAUUAUAUUAGAAGACCAAGACGACGAAGAAGAAUUUCAAACUCCUUUUUCAUCACAACAACCAUCAUCAUCUCAAGAAUUCGAACCAAGUAGACAAAAUAGAAGAAUUCAAAACGAUCCAAUGACACCACCAAUAAUGAUAAAUUCUAACAUGAUCAAUGAUUCAAGACGUGCACCUCCAACAAAUGAUGAUGUGCACGUCAUUGGAGACAACAACAGCGCCAAUGCUCCUAUCGUGAUAGAGGAUGAAGCAGAUGUUUAUAGACAUCAUGGAAAUUCUGCAGACGAUGCCAUUGUGUUAGAAGAUGCGGAAGAAGAGGAAGAACAUCAACAACAACAACCUACUCAACCACAAAAUACUUCAGGUGGUGUGCCCAUGGAUAUUCCAUUCCUAUCUUCCAUGCUUCCUCCUACAUUACUUCUUUUUCAACACCACCCAUUAAUAUCUCCCAGAAUUAGCUUGUUAAUUAGCUCAAUAGCACGAUUACGAGCAUCCCACAAUGACCGUCCUUCUACGCCUGCAAGGUCCAAUAAUUUGUCGAAAAUCAAAUAUCAACCACCCGAAUCAGGAGACAAAGAAGAAUGUACCAUAUGCCUUUGUGAAUUUGAAAAGAACAAGAAAGUGUACAAGACAGGAUGUGGACACAUGUUCCAUGUCCGAUGUUUAGACCAAUGGUUUAGACAAAACACCAAUCACACUUGCCCUAACUGUAGAUCUCACCUUGUCAAAUGA